GAUGAGAGCUACUUCACAUGUCCUGCUCCGAACUGCGCUCUUUCCAACUUGGGGUCGUUUUCUAACAGCAUGAUGCAUCGCGGGACCUGACAAUCUGCCAGCAACCAGGCGGUUGUUGAGAUGGGUGCUAACAUCAGCUUUGCAUGGCGGUGUGGCAGUUACCAAACGUUUUGAAACCGUUCGACACAUUCCAGUGCCGCCGCCGGUUCAUUACGACGAUGACAUCCAAGUCGAAUGGAACGGGACCACCCGUGGUCCCGAGGAGGUCGGUGGGAACGCUGGCUCCGGUUACACGAGGCCACUCGAUCACAAAGAUCAGCGCAAAAGCACCAGGGCCGAGCGUGACUGCCGUCGGCAACGUUUGCCACAUGAUCGAAAAGGCGUCGGCCAGACCGCCGACUACGACGGAUGUCGCACCAGACGACAUCAGGGGCAAUCCAGAUGACGUCACAUCCUCAGUCGCAGAGACGGAUGAUGUCGUGCACCCGAUCGACGACCAUGCAUCGCAAACUGCUACCACGUCGACAAAAUCAUCAUCCAAACGCCGACUCACGGCGACGUCGCCGCGGGUCGUGGACCUCACACAAAUUCUGGCAGCGCCCAUAAACCAUGGAGAUGAAGCGACUCAAGGUCCGUUUAUGUCGAUCCUACAAGGCGAGUCGGACCACGCCAGCACACAAAGCUCAUUCACUCCAUCGACAAGCCCAGGCGUCCAAGUCAAUUCUCCAAUGACAAGUAUGCUACAUAAAGCAUCGAUGGCAACCAGCGGCAGUGGUUCCUUGCACGGAUCCAAGGGACGAGGCCUGCUCCAGCUUGUUGUCUCGAAAUCUGGGCUGAUAACGUCCCCAGCGUCCACGAGCCCGGCUGCUCAAGACACGUCAUCGGCAAGUGCGCUGCUCGUUCAGGCGUCCUCGGGUGGAAGUGGCGCGUUGAGAAGAACGUCGUCGAAACUGCUACUCCAACGCUCCCCCUCCGUGACUGCGCUGCUCACACAACAGAAAGGCAGCUCGAAACGCCUAGUGGUCGCCGUCGGAAAAGUGCUUCAGCACAUUACCCAAGACAGCACCCGGCCGUCGUUUGUGGGAGGUGCCGCGGCCGUAGCGCGGACAGCGGCGGGUCUGACGAAGCGGUUGUCGCUCUUGCGUGCAGAUACGAACGUGAACGCAGAGGAGCUCGAGCACGAGCUCAAUGACAUGGCGGCGUCCCAAAUGUCACUGAUCGCGCGACGCCACCGAGCGCCAUUCUACAUGUCGAUCCACUCCCGCUUCAAGAGGUGGUGGGAUGCGCUGCUGGCCGUCGUUACAUUUUACGCAGUUGUUGUUGUCCCGAUGGACUUGAGUUUCAAUUUGUGGGACUCGUUUCCAUGGGUGCACGCUGUGCAAGCGUUGGUCGAGUUUGUCUUCAUCUUGGACAUCGUGGUUGCCUUUCGCACGUCCUUCCUCAUCAGCGCUACCCACGAAGAAGUGACGGACGUCGCGCUCAUACGGCGCCACUACUUGACGCUGUGGUUCUGGGUCGACUGCCUCGGGUCGAUCCCGUCGUCCGUCCUCGGGUGCCGCUUUCGCCAUUCGGAUUUUGCCAUCGUCCGCCUCUUUGUGUUCCUACGGAUUCUCCGGUUGUCGUCGUCCCCAACGUUUCCCAACGCGAUGGCGUGGGCAUCGCACAAGUUUUCGUCGUCUGGCGUUCGCCUGGCCACCCUCCUGGCCAUGUACUUGCUUCUGCACCACUACAUUGCGUGUUCGUACUACCUCUUGGUUCAAUUCGAGAACGGCGCGGACAAUGCCGACGGGAUGGUGACGUGGCGUGUGCCAUUUGCUGCAAACGACACCCUUGGCGUCAAGUACUUGGGGUCGUACUUCCGCGGCCUCGUUGUUACGAGUGGGAGCGACCUCGGGCCGUCGACGAGCCUCGAGCGGCUGUGGGGCACGACCAUGUUCACCAUUGGCAUCAUCGCCAACGCUUGCGUCGCCGGGAUUUGCAAGAGCAUGCUUACGCAAAUGAACAAAGUCCAGGACGAACAGGUCCAUCGCCAAGACAGCAUCGAACUAUGUCUGCGCAAUUGCCACGCGACCAGCGACCUCACGUCCAAGAUCAACUCGUUCUACAGCACAGCCUACAGCCACGAAAGCGCGCAUCACGCGUCCGACUUAUUUCACGGGAUGCCGGAGAAGCUCCACUUUGAGCUGUCUGUGGCUCUGAACCAGUCGUUCCUGAACAAGGUGCCGCUCUUUCGCGCGCUCGAGCCGGAGGGAAUCGUGGCGGUGAUGGAAUGUGUCGAAGAGACAGUCGCGAUGCCUGGCGACAUGAUUAUUCGUGCUGGCGAACCGGGACGCGCGUUCUACAUGAUCAAGAUGGGUAGCGUCGAGGUGUACGACAACUUGGGGCCCAAGGGGACUCGUGUUUCGAUCAAGCACAUGCAUGCGGGCGAGUUCUUUGGCGAAAUGAGCUUGAUUCGGCAAGGCACGGCAUCUGCCAACGUGAUCGCGACGUCGUUCUGUGUGCUGCUCGUGCUGUACAAAGAGAUUUUCGACUGGAUUACGAUGGAAAACGAACACUUGAAGUCAUUCAUGGAGAGGUCGCAAGAACGGCGGUCCAGUGAAGCUACAGCAGCCCGACGGGUACGCAAAUUGGUGCUGACGUGUCCGCCUCGAUCACCACCAUGUAGAGGUCGUACGUGGCGACUGCGGAGGACGUGGCAAAGGCCUCACAAGGGACGAACAAGCGGAGAAGCACGUUUUUGCCCAAGCGGUUGCAGGCCAUGGUUGCACGAAUCCGACUGCGCCGCGCCGCGCGGUGGGUCAUGAUGGUCAAGCGGAUAGGAGGAGGCAUGGAGAAUUCCAUCGAGAGCACUUCGAGGCUUGGGGCAACUGCCAAUAUGCUGCGUGAUUUUGGCAAGACCGACAGCAGACCACAAGCUCACAUGAGUAUGGGUCUCGCUGCCAAGAUGCGAACGCUGAUGCACGCCAACCGGGGUCGAAGUACUGCGACGCGCGCACUUCGUGCUGUCGCCGAGAUGUCCCAGUACACGGCCAAGGAAAUGGUCGAGUCUACGCGAAUCAAGGUGCAGCACAUGUAAGAACAUCGUCGAUUCCACGCGAAUCAAGGGGGCGGCGCAUGGCACCACUCGUGAGUACUUCCACCGGCAGCAUGAUGAAGUCCGCGUCGUGCGUGAGAAUUGCUGCCACCUUGAAUGCUAUUGGUGGAGCAAGGAUGCGCUAAACGAUUUGAUUGGAUCAUUUCGGUCCAAAAACCAAGUGAUUUGAACAAGAAAUUUUCUAGCGCUGCCAGCCCACACGAUGAGGAGAGGUGGUGUGCGGAUCUGGCGACUCGCGCCGCAGAGGUUCCCCACGACGCACUGACCGCCGUGC